AUGACCCACGUCGCGUCCCUCCAGCCCAACCACGUCCCCGGCCUCGCCGUGCCGCAGCCCCCAUGGCCGCCCGCGCAGCCACCGAGCAACAUGCUCUUAAAGGAGUGGAAGUAUGAGAUGCGCCGCGAGGCCCAGGAGAUCUUGCCAGGCCUGUAUCUCGGCCCGUUCCAGGCGUCGACCAACAUGGCCAAGCUGCGCUCCAUGGGCGUGACGCACAUCAUCUGUCUCCGCGACUCGGUCGAGGCGCGCCUCAUCUUUCCCCGCUUCCCCACAGAGUUCCAGUACCUCACCCUCGACGUAGCGGACUCUGGCACCCAAAACAUCAUCUCCAUCUUCCCCCAGUGCCGCGCCUUCCUCGACGAGGCCAUGAACAUCCGCGGAGGCGUGCUCGUCCACGACAACAGCGGCAUUGCAACAGCCCCGGCCAUUGUCAUCGGCUACCUCAUGUACCUCUUCGGCUGGGAGUUUGAGACGGCCCUCCAGUUUGUCCAGAGCAAGCGAUACUGCGUCAGCACGGCGAGCCUGCUGAUAUGCAAGUUUGAGAACCAGCUGCGCGAGUACGCCCCCAUCGCGGCGGCGCAGCGCGGGUACCAGCAGCUCCAGCAACAGCAGCAGCAAACGGGCCAGUCAUCAAAUGGACUGCAGCCCAACGGAGUGCCGCCCCGCAAGCGCUCAUGGGACGGCGAAGGCGACACUGCUGGCGGCCAGCGCAUUCGCCUCGGCGACGACGACGACGAGGCCGACGUUGACAUGGAGUAGAAGUACGCAGCGUUUUCCGACUUGUUCCCUGUCCAUGAGGUUUGCGACGCCGACCCCUCGCCGCCGCCCAGCGAUUCCCCAUUCGUGGCACGUUCAUGCCCCCAACAACAUUGAUACCAAGUCAACCUGGUCACCCACCCCCCCAAGCAUCAUCCACAUUGUUGUACACGUCGUCUGCGCGAAGACCGCAUACAUUAUUGUCAUGUAACAACCGAAAUCAAGACAAACA